GGUCGCUCCGCCCGCUCGCCGGAGCCGGGGCCGCGGGUGGGCCCUUGGCUGCCAGGCCCUCGGCCGCGUGCCGGCGCCGACAACCUCCCGGCUGUGGCUUACUGCGACUCCGCGACCUGGAAACCAGUGCAGUGCGAUGGUGAUGGUUUUGGGCGGGCCCGCACACGUCCAAAGGCCUCGCCGGCCCCCCGUUUGGCGCCAGGAAAGCCCUGCGCGGCCGCAGCGCUUUGGCCUAUUCUAUACCGCCGCCCUUCGCCGCGCGCCCGCGCAUCCGCAGACCAACGGCGACCGGGGAAGCUACAACGGCCAGCCCCGGAAUCAGCUACGCAAACGCGGGGGGGGCGAAGUGGGCCAGGCAUGUGCCAGACUUCCGGGACGCAACGGGCCCCCGGGCCACACGUUCGCGGCAGACAUCCGCCGACGCGCCGGGGCGGCCGGCGGUAG